AUGGUUGCUGUUACAUGUAUAAUUACUCAACUAAAUUACUUAAAUAAGGCAUUGGACACAUUUAACACAGCCGUGGUUUCUCCAAUAUAUUAUGCCAUGUUCACAUCACUUACAAUUUUAGCCAGUGCCAUAAUGUUUAAGGAUUGGUCUGGUCAGAGUGCUAGCGACAUAGUUUCAGUGCUUUGUGGCUUUUUAACUGUGCUCUCAGGUACUAUGGUUCUUCAUAGUACAAGAGAUCCUCCUCCUCCUCCUAAUACAGAUAUGUACGCGCAACUUUCCCCUCAAAUAUCAUGGUUGGUACAUGCCAACGGAGAAAUAUGGAAGCAGAAAGAGGAUGGUUUGCAUUCAGAAUUUGUUGCAAUAAUCAGGCAGGAUCAUUUCAAGUAGGGGCCAAAAAGGAACUUAAAUGGUGGGUUGGAGGCACUUUUCGAUGGCUGUUCAUUUUCCGUCCAAACAAACUUUAUCAUGCCAGAUUUUGGAUCUUCCGAUCAGCUUGAGAGAGUUUCAGUUUUUGUUCUCUAGGUCAGAUGGCUGAUAUCUGUUUAUUAUUCUUGUCCAUUACUAAACUCAUAUUUUUGGGCCUAGAUUGUAGAUUUAUGAGUUUGGUGGACACCUAGAUAUAGUAUAGCAGUAUAUGAUGGUAGGAUUUCCAGGAUUUCCUAGCCAUAAUUAGGGACAUGUACACCUCAAAUAUCACUCCUUACCAAGUACCCAACAAUCAUCAAGCAAGACCAAGUGUUGCAAAUGCAUGAGUACCUCCUGAUAUAAUAUGCAUUUCUAAUAGUAACAAAUAUGAAAUCAUCAACACGAGUCUGUUUGGAAGGCCACCUUGAAAAUGAAUUAGGGUGUAAUUACAUAGUUUGACAUGUUUGUGUUGUGAACUCAGCAAGUCACUCGGUGGAGGAUAUAUGUUGGAAUUUGGAAAAUUAUGUGUGAGACCCAUUUUGAGCUUAGGCAGGCUCUUAGAACGUGAAAGUGCAGCCUGGGAAAAUUAGUAUAAAUACAAUAGAAGGUGUAGUGCAUUUCUAGGCUUAAGUUGUCAAGUGUUAACUCUAUGUCUCAUCUCAUCCCCAAUUCUGUAUCAGUAUUCCUCAUCUCCAUUCUUCUUAUAUUUCUAUUGCAUUGUCCUUAUUAUUAUUAUUA